AUGGAGAUGCAGACAGAUAGACCGCACAUCUCAGGGGGUUUCGGAAGCCCGAACAUCUCCAACGACAUAUACGGACUCAUACGAAGGAGAAGCCAUAUGUUUGUGAAUGCGGUUCAUCUUUCGCUAGGAGAGACCUGCUACAGCGUCACAAGCGACUUCAUCAUGAGUCAAAUAGCGAUCCUUCUUACCAUGAAGACCACCUUCCACCGCCGAGUCGUGUCAACGACUCAGUAUCCGAGGGAACAGUGCUAA